AUGGCGACACCUCCACCCGGUGAUCGUGAAGACGUCAUUCGUGAGGCUUGCAAGGCUCACGACAUAGCAAAGGCCGUCAUGAUGAUUGCGAACCUUUCGGAUGACGAUGGUGUGCAGAUCCUGCCGAACCUUGUGGAUGAUCUCAGCCAAGCCUUGCAGGCAGCGUCUAGAAGUGACGGCGAGGAGGGAAGACUAAGAUCCAUUCCGGCCGAGCAGCUAGCGGAGCUCGCCUACCAAAUGGGAAGAAGUCCCGUUGCACCAGGCCAACAGCCAGUUGUUGCGAAGAUUCUGCAGGUGACAGCGGACAAAGCCACCCAUAGGACUGAGGAGCUACCACCGCGCUGCCUUUCUCGCAUGGCCUGGGGCUUUGCAGGGGCCUCUGUCCGCAAUGACUCCCUCAUGUCGGUUGUGGCUGCAGGAGUCGUGAACAAGAGCAGGGGCUUCAACCAUGAGGAGCUUUCCAACACCGCCUGGGCUUUUGCGAAGUGCGGGCUCUGGAACGCGCAGCUUGCAGAGUGCCUGGUUCGAGAGUGCAUCGACAAAAUCGACACCUUCACUGCGCAGAGCCUGGCAAACAUGUCUUGGGCCAUGGCCCAGUGGGGCCGCCGCGAGGAAGCGCUCCUACUGGCCAUUGCCCAGGCCUUGCUCAAGAAGCGCGAGAGCUUUGAGCCCACCCAGAUGUCCAUGGUCUCCUGGGCCUUCUCGACCCUGAGCUUCAAGCAUGAUCAGCUCAUGAGCGCGAUCAUGGGCGAGUCGAUGAGCCAAAUUAGGGCCUUCAGCAACCCUGAGCUGGCGCACCUCGCCUGGGCCUACGCCAACCUCAGAAUCCAGGACCGAGGCCUCUACUCAGCCAUCUCCCAGCAACUCGGCAGGCAAGUGCAGCGGAGCUCAGCCAGUAUGCAGCCGGCAGAGCUCGCCAACCUAGCCUGGGCCUUCGCGAAGAACAUGAUGGGCACAGACUCGGUGAUGCGAUACAUCGCAGAGCAUGCAGAGCCACAGAUCGGCAGCUUCAAGGCCGCGGAGAUUACCAUGCUGACCUGGGCCUUUGCGGCCACCGGGCAGCAACGUGUCGGCUUGAUGUCCGAAAUUGGUUCGAAGGUGGCCAAAAGAGCUGAAAAGCUGUCUGCCUCGCAACUGGCCCACGUGACGUGGGCUUUCGGAGCACUUGCAAUGAGGCAAGCCGACCUGUGUGAAAAGGUGGCCAGGUGUUUCGAGCACAAUCGGGCCAACUUCUCUGCGCAAGGCUUGACGCAAAUUGUGUGGGGUUUCGCCAUGGUCCAGUACAGGGACAAGGAAUUCAUGGACCUUGCCGCGCCUCAAAUCGUUCAGGGCAUUGCCGAGCUGAAGCCGCUAGCUCUUUGGCGUUGCUCUUGGGCGUACGACACAUUGCUGGUGAGCAAUCUGGACCUCAGAAAGGCCAUCCUGGACGCAGCGGCAGCCAGGGUGAAUGAGUUCUCCCUGAAGGGCUUGGCCAGGCUCGCGGAGAGCUACAAGAUGGGCCACCGAAGCGAGAGUGAUGCCGGCUUGGAGCUUCACUUGAAGGAGCGCCUGUCUUUCGCUGUACAGGGAUUUAAUCGACUGUUUCCGGCGGUCGGUGCGCUCAAUGACGAAGACCUUCCGCCACUCCAGCACAUCGGCAUGGGUGACCUACGCAUGUCUGCGACCAAGUACAUCCUCGAGAAGCUUGGAUUUGCAACGCCAAGCUGGAGCUUUGUGUCAAGUUGCUUGAAGGAGGUUUCCAAUCGGCGGUUGGCAGACUGUGUGGGUUUCGAGAUACAGGCCGAGAACCCGCUGGAAAGGGUGGAGGCGCACGAGUUCCGCGUGCGAGCGUUUGAUGAGGGAAGGAUGGAUGACGAGAUUCUCGAGGUGACACAGACGCUUGUGCCGGACCUUUUUGGCAGGACAGUAGCCAGUGAGGCAGUUCUGCAUGCUUUGGCUGAAGCAUGCGCGUGCAUCUACAGAACGCUACUUGUAGAUCCUCAGUCUGACGGCGAUUGUCAGGCGGUGUGCGGUUACUUCCGGAUGUUCCUGUCACAGAUCCCAUCAUUCAGCAUCAUUGCGCUCUUGGUUCAGAUGCGGACCAGAUUCCCCAAUCUCCAAAUCGAGUUUGUGGAGAUGCAGAUGGCAGCUCCCAAGAACGCUCUGAAGUGCGGAAUGGAGAGCCAGUGA